AUGACUUCAUUAGAAAAGUCAUUAGAUGAAAUCAUUGGCGAAUCCAAAGAUGCUCGCCCUCCCAAGGGUCCAAGAGGUUCUCGGGACCGUGGCAGCUCCAAAUCCAACAGAGUAGGCAAAGGGACACCCCGUUCUUCAAGAGUUUCACGAGCAAAGAGAGGGCCUCCUCCUCCAAGGACAAAUCCAGAGGCUGAACGAUUGGCCGAUGGCAGGGAUUAUUUGAGGCUUAAGAACUUGAAUUUUCAAAUCACAGAGAAAGACUUGCAUCAACUUUUUGAGCGAAUUGCUCCUGUUCUUUUUGUCCAUUUGGAUAUCAACCCUCACACUGGAGACCCAACUGGCGUUGGAUAUUUGUGUUAUGAGGAACCAAGUUUCAACAAUCAGGCAAUAGAACAGUUCAAUGGAAAGCUUGCUGCAGGAAGAAUCAUGGUUGUUGAACAUGUCCACGAAACCCCAUUGAGUGAAAGAAUUGGCGUGAGUAGCCGUCCUAAAGGUCCUAAGGGAGCCAAGAAGAAUGGCCCUAAGAAGGUUCGUCAGCCUUCUAAAAACGCUGAAGACUUGGACAAAGAGCUGGAGGAUUAUAUGGGCAGUCGGGCAGAGAAUAGUAAGGAUGAAGAGCCCUCAGGAGCCACUGGUGAAGCCUUUCCAGCCGUUAGCACGGGCGACGGGAUGGCCUUGGAUUGA